AAAGUCCCUAUAAUACAGCGAGAAUCAGAUAAAUUGAAGGAAUCGGUCUUCGAAGGAAAAAGAAAGCUUUAGGUUUGAUCGAGAGCGAGUUGAGUAUUAAAUCAGGGCUUUGAUCUUGGAGGAAAAAGAGGAUGUGGGCAGCUUCUUGUCUUGCGUCGUGCUGUGCGGCUUGUGCAUGUGAUGCCUGCCGUACUGUGGUUUCGGGCAUAAGCCGUCGUUCUGCUAGAAUUGCGUACUGUGGGCUAUUUGCACUUUCUCUGAUCGUUUCAUGGAUUCUCCGUGAAGUUGCUGCUCCUCUCAUGGAGAAGCUCCCAUGGAUAAACCAUUUUCAUAAGACGCCUGACAGAGAAUGGUUUGAGACAGAUGCAGUGCUACGUGUUAGCUUGGGGAAUUUUAUCUUCUUCACUGUUUUGUCAGUCAUGAUGGUUGGCGUGAAAAAUCAGAAAGACCCUCGUGAUGGUAUACACCAUGGUGGGUGGAUGAUGAAAGUAAUCUGUUGGUGCAUUCUGGUCAUCUUCAUGUUCUUCCUUCCAAAUGAGAUUAUCAGCUUUUACGAGUCAAUCUCAAAAUUUGGUGCUGGACUUUUUCUUCUUGUUCAAGUUGUGCUUCUUUUGGAUUUUGUUCAUGGAUGGAAUGACACAUGGGUUGGAUAUGAUGAGCAGUUCUGGUAUGUUGCAUUGCUCGUUGUUUCUCUCGUCUGUUAUCUGGCAACAUUUGUCUUCUCCGGGCUUCUCUUCCACUGGUUUACACCAUCUGGACACGACUGUGGACUCAACACCUUUUUUAUUGUCAUGACUUUGAUCUUUGUGUUUGUGUUUGCAGUAGUAGUUUUGCAUCCCACGGUCGGUGGUAGCAUUCUACCAGCAUCAGUUAUAUCCAUGUAUUGCAUGUACCUCUGCUACAGUGGACUUGCAAGUGAACCUCGGGAUUACGAGUGCAAUGGCCUCCACAAGCACGCCAAAGCUGUUUCGACGGGGACCAUGACCAUUGGCCUCCUCACUACUGUUCUAUCCGUCGUUUAUUCUGCUGUCCGUGCUGGAUCUUCCACCACUCUUCUAUCCCCUCCCAGUUCCCCUCGUGCUGGUUCGGAGAAGCCACUCCUUCCACUAGACGGGAAGGCAGAAGAGAAGGAAGAUAAAGAGAAGUCGAAACCUGUGACCUACUCUUACGCCUUUUUCCACAUCAUCUUCUCCCUUGCUAGCAUGUACUCGGCCAUGCUUCUAACCGGGUGGUCGACCUCAGUUGGUGAGAGUGGGAGAUUGGUGGACGUAGGGUGGCCAUCCGUCUGGGUCCGGAUUGUGACCGGCUGGGCCACUGCCGCUCUCUACAUCUGGUCCCUUGUCGCCCCUAUCCUCUUCCCCGACCGCGAGUUCUAAGCUCCUAUAGAUUUCCCUAUGAAACUGAAAACGUUCAAUAACGUUGAAUUUGUAUAUUUGGGUGUGAUUUUACGGUUUUAGAACUGGACUCAGUGGUCAUUAUGCUUCCCGUUGAUGACUUGUUCCAGUGUGAGACAUGUAUGGCUUAAUAUAUGUCUCCUACUUCCAUGUCUCCGAAAUAUUUGUAAAAUGUUUAAAUAUAAUUUACCUACGCUUUUGCA